AUGCAGCACAUGGCUGGGGGAGGCCCGAUGAUUCCUCAACAGAUGCGAAAGCCAACACCUGGCCAGUUACAGCAGAUUGUUUAUCAGAAUAUCCAACAAAACACACCACCAAUGAACGGCAUGACGUGGCAGUCGAAUUUUUCUGCCAACGAGCGAAUGGGCAAAGCAUUAGACUUAAUUUCUAAUAUCUCUCUGGCGAUGGGCGGCCUCGACUACAACCAAGCAACUAAUUUUGGUUGCCAAUUCGAGCGAGAGGUGUUUCACAAAUCACCGACUAAAGAAGCAUACGAUCAAGCCAUGCAGAAUAAAACCAUGGACUUUUUCAAGAAGCGACAGGCAAACGAGCCCACCCUUCAGAAUACCAUCAAUGCCAACGCCCAAGCACAAGCCCAUGCUCAUGCUCAAGCCCAGGCUCAGAUGGGACGUGGUGCUGGGCAGACUCCUCAGCAGGGGUUUCAACAUAUGCAACACCCCAUGCAAGCAGCCCAGAUGCCCCAACAGCAGCCUCAGCAGCCUCAACAACCACUGUUUCAGCAACAACAAAUCGCCAUGGGCAUGGCAAAUCAGGCAGGCCGCGGUAUUGGACCAAAUCAACAGGCCAUGGGCAUGCCAGGUGCUCCUAAUAGGCCUGCACUCUCAGUCGAGAUGGCGAGACUGGGACCCGCUGAUAGGACCAAGGUGAACGACCUUGCAACUAAGAUGAUGAACCAAGCUACGGAACAGCAAAGAGCCGCCACACGAUUGCAUCUGCAAUCAAGGCUUAGCGCUCAGCAGCUUGCUGAAUUCCAUGCUCAGGCGAAGGACCCUCUUCUUUGGUGGUACCAGCAUCAGGCCUUUCAAGCUCUCAAGCAGUCUUCCCUGAACAGCCGAUUUCAGCAAGGUGGCCCUGCCAACCAAACCAACCCUCAGGCCGCCAUGAUGCAGCAGCAGCAUAGCCAGCAAUCCCUCCAACAGCAGAGACAGAAUAUGAUGAGCGCUGAUCCACAGUCCAUCUCAGCUCACGAUUUUACACAGUUUACUCCCAACAUGGAGAGCAUCAAGGAUCAGCAAAUGACCGGCCUAAUGGCCCAACAGGCUGGCCAAGUAGUCGUACCAGCAAGCAAUGGCGCUGGAAGAAACGCCACCCCUCAGCCUGGAAACCAGAAUAUUCCCAAUCAGCAGGUACAGAACCAGACACCUCGCCCUGGCCAGCAGCAGCAGCAGCAACCACAACAGGCCAAGCUCAACCAGGCUGCUCAGCAGUCCCAGGCUUUGCAAGCACAGGCACAAAUGAAGUUGCAGAACCAGCAGCAAAUGGCAGGAGGCAUGGCUACAUCGCAGAGCCCAGGCAUGAACACCUUGAACACUCCGGUAACAAGGCCUGGUGGCAUCAAUCCCAUGGCGCCACAGGGCAUGGGACAAGCCGGCAUCCAGUUUGGUGACCAGCGAUUUCAUCAGGGAAUCCAAAGGCCCAACAAUGCCGCAUUUAAUGCCAUGCUUGCCAACAUGACCCCAGAACAGAGGCAAGCCAUCAAUGGCCUUCCUCAGGAGAAGCUCACCGAGGUUCUGCGUCGGUGGCAGAGCCAGCGUCAGGAGCAGAUGCGGGCAGCGAAUGGAAACCCGAUGGUGCAGGCACAGAUGGCCAACCGACCUCAGAACCAGUUUGGUCAGAUGGGACCCGGCAUGGGCCCUGGCCCUCAGAUGUCGCAAGCGAAUGCCGCUGGUGUAGGCAACCAGCAACAACCAAUGCAGAUGGGGCGUAUGGCACCGCCUCAAGGUCCCCAGCUUGCGCUCCUGAUGGACUCGAUGGAUUUGCCACCCAAUGUCGUGAACCAGCUUCCUGGCUUGCCUGUGGAAGUUAAGAAAUGGAGAGAUUUGAAGGCAUGGAUCACCCAAAACAACAACAGCAUUCAACCACAAAAUCGCAACCAACUGCUAGUUAUCCAGCAGAGGCAAUUUCAGAUGCUUAUGCAGAGGCGGGCUGGCAAUCUGCCCCAGCAACCCGGACAGGGUCUCAACAUAAAUGCAGGCAUGCCCAUGCAAAUGGCUGCUAACCAACAACCAACAAUGCAGCAACCAAUGGGCAAUAUACCGCCACAACUGCUUCAGGUAUCAGCUCAGGAGAUAAUGCAUAUUCGCAGUCAGAAGCCUGGGUUGGUCAAUGUUCCCGACGAGCAACUCCGGAAUAUGCUUCUCCAGAUGAAGAGGUCUAGCUGGCAACAGCAGCAGCAGCAGCAGCAGCUAAGAGCCCAGCAGGCUCAGGCGGCACAAGUCCAGGCCAACCAGCAGCAACCUGCUCCCAAUCACAUGGCUGUGCCUCAAGCCCCUAUGCAGCUUCAACAGCCUCCUCAACCUAAUCUCACUCCCCAGUCUCAGGCGCAGGUAAUGCCAAAUGCCAUGAGUCAGACUGCCUCAAUGCAAGCUAGCAACCAGAAGCAACAGCCAAAUACAAACCAGAAUCAGGCGCGCAACAACCAGCCUCAGCCUCCGAAGAAUCUGAAGCGCCCCAACCCAGACGACAGUGCUGAUACUGCCACCUCAAAGGCUCCUACGCCCGUCACGCGACCGGCAGCAGCACCGUCACAACCAGCCCAACAACCAAUUCAGAGGAUGGGACCAAAGUUCACGAACUUUACACCACUUACGGCUGCGCAGGAAGCGUCCUUGACUCCCGAACAGAAGGCCAGGUAUGAUCAGAUCUUGAAGAAUCACGGCAAGGUGGCAGCGGCAGCCACAGCUGCCAGCGGCGAUUCCCUCAAUCGCCUCAAGCUUAUCGGGCAAGAAGAGCAAAGACAGUUUAGUCAAGAACAGAUGGUGGAUAUUCCAAUGGGUCCUGAAGAAUAUGCGGAAACUGCGCAGAAACUGAAGCGAAUCGUCUCAGACAUGAGCAAAGUUGGACGAGGGCUAAGCAAAUGGUACGCCAUCACUCAAGAUGAUGCACGUGCCAAGAUGUUCUUUAGAACUCGACUGCGUAUUAUCAAGCAACACGUAGAUGGCGAACAGAUGGAGGCAAUGAAGGACGUCUUUAGUAUUCGCUCAUCCGAUCUGGACCAGGCCCGCGCUAUGCUUGAGAGUAUGGCCAAGGACUUGGCGGCCAGUCAGCAGGCUCAGCAGCAGGCCCAACUUCAAGCCCAACAGCAGGCUCAACAGCAGAACCAGCAGAAGAACCAGCCAGGGCACCCCGCUCCCCUGAACGCUGCCAACCUGGAGAAGAAUGCGCAGGCGUUGAAGUUGAAUCAGCAGAAACAAGCCAACAAAGCAGGUCAGGUGCCCCCUGCACCGACCACAACCCAACCGCCUUUCCCAUUCGGGGCAACUUCACCUCAUGGUAAUCCAAGUUACAUGAGCAAGCCGAAAGAUCUCAACCUGCAGCUACCACCCGCCCGCAAGAAGCAAAAGAUUGCCAGUGGACAGCAUUCUGGUCCGCCAUCUCAGGGAGCUACACCCUCGCCACAGAUUGCAAAAACUGUCUCUCCUGACAUCCGCCGCCCUCAAGGCACUCCGAAGCCCGUUAUCCUCUGCACUGAGCCCGACUGUGACAUGUCAUAUGUCGGCUUCCCCAACGAGCAAGCACUCCAGCACCACAUCGACGAAGAGCAUACUAAGCCCAAGGAGGAUCCGGUCAAAUUUUUGCAGGAGAACCUCGCUCUGGCAUUAGGUCUGGAAAUUGAUGGCAGCGUCAAAAAGGAGCAGAAGCCUGUGGAUGGCGCCCAAGCCAUGAGUGCGUCCACGUCAAAACAAGGCCACGGUUCCGGAAAUUUUGCCGGCACGCCCAUGUCCCAGGAUGGCACAGGCAUGAAGAGGUCGGUCAGCUCAAUGAGCAAAGAUGCCAAAGCCGGCAUCAAGUCGGAUACGGCCACAAAGCAUGGUGACGGCAAACAGGCCGGUGACGCUACAAUGGUGGAUCCAUGGGCCAGCUCGACCAUUGACCCUCAGACGUUACUCCAGAAUUUGGGUUUUGAAAAUGGACUACCGACCAUUGCCAAUGAGGCCAAGAUACUCAAGUUGCUCACGCCGAAGGGUACUCCAGACUCGGGCAAGGACGUUGCAAGUGAGCCUAACAGUGAUAUUUCCGAAGGUGCUGCCCUUGAUAUUUCAAUGUUUUGGCACAGCCUGGACAAAGACUAUAUUUCAGACUUCCACGCUGCCAACCAUGACGGAAGUUUACCUGAUGAAGCCCUGGCUCUUCUCCAGCCAGUUUUGUUGAAUAGACGACCGGGUGUUCCAGACUGGGACUCUAUGCAGACCGAUUUUACAAAGCCGUUUGAGUUUGAUCUGAGCCACUACUCGAUGGACUGUUGA